GGCUCCCAAUCAACGAGACUUCGCGGCUAUUAAUACGCUCACUUUCUCGAAGCAAACGGAACUGCACGACCAAGGACGAAUGUUCCAACUCGUACAACGAUAAAAAAUGGAAGAAGACAUUUUAUCGCUUCAAGCUCGACUCUCUGCAUUAAAAUCAAAGAUUCGAAAAUGCAAUGAUGACUUGGUCGACAUACGAUUCAUGGCUAAAAGGAAUGAAGAUAAAAGAUAUGAAAACCUGUUGAACAGACCAAUACAACAAUUCACUACAAAAGUUUCGAUAUAUCAAAGAGAGAUUGAUAAUAUCAAACUGGACAUGAAAAUGAGACAGGAAGAAGCAGACGUGAACGAUUUCUUGUACAAAUGUAAAAUAGCUGGGCUGAAGGCGAAGAUUAAGGUUUUCCAAGAAAACCUUGAUUUCUUCCUAAGAGAAAGAUACAGAAGAGAAGCUGUGUAAUGGGAUUGUUUUAAACAACUAUAUCUAUCAAUGUAUAGACUGCAUGGCUUGAAAUAAAAUUGACACAU